AUUCGGGCCGUCCGUCCUCUGCUGUCCAUGUUUGCUGAUGCGGCACCGCGCCCGCGCUCUUAAUUAUUAAUGGCCCGAUCGUACGGGUUGUUAGAAACUUCGGGCCUCACGCUGCUGCUUUGCUGACGCCUCUGUUGAUUCAGACCUAAAUACCACACUGGGCGUGUGUAUGGGCUUUUCGUUGUUUCGGUGCUCGCGUCUGGCGCUCGACAAUGAACGCGAUUGUUUCAUUUAUUGGAUGAGAAGUCGUUAUGUAUGACCGCGUACUUGUUAAGCUGUUCUACUUCGCUUCAGGAAACAUAUAAUCGUCCCAGUCUUAUCCUUGUUGGUGUGGUUAAGUUCCUCGUUUACUCGGCUUUCCUCUCCUAACCAGACAAACGACUGCGUGCUCCCAUGUGCUUUUCAAACAAGACACACAGCACAUCUGAGACAAGCGGGCCGCACGUAAUGUCUCGCUGCUAUUUUUCGAACCGGCCUGGUUGUUCCAAAUGUUUCUUUUUGAACAGUUAUUUUGCACGCCUUCGCGCUACCGGGUUACGCGAGACCGGUCUGAGCCGCACACAACACAAUUUGUCGGCGGCUUCACGGCGGUGAUCCUCGGUUUUGCCGCAUUUCGCACAGAUAUGAUUGUCGCGAGACUCCUCUAUGCGCGGUUCAGCAGGUGUCGAGGGCGUCGUGACAGUAGCAAGAGGAAAAAACAGGGUGCAACAACUUUUUAAAGGUGCAAUCGAGUGUCUUCGUCGUGUUUCAUUUUCUGACAAUCACUUCGGCCUUUCGGAAGACUGCAUAAACGGUGCUUUGUCGGGAGGACGCCUUUCGCCUAGCGCCGGAUGAUGAGCUGUCCUCAGCUGGCGGAAACCGAAAGAAGGCCUCCAUCUGCCGCCGCUCCCAGUGGUCCCAAGCCCUUCAACAUCUUCGAAGACCUCGAGGUGUUUGCCCACUUCGAACACUAUCGCAGCGAGAGCUACGCUCAAGCCAUUCACCUCAUGUCUUCGCAAACGAGCUUGCGCUCAGACUCGAGACACUCCUAUGCGACGUGCGCGACAACGCUCAAAGAAUUGUCCCUCAGUGCACCCUCCUCGCCCAAGGGUAUUUACAGCGUCGAAAAAUCGUCCACGCUUCCAUCGACUUCAUCAAACAUCGCAUCGUUCGCAAGCCCGAAGAAGUCUAGCAGCCUGAGCCUGUCAAGUUUCUUCCGAAAAAUAUCGCCCCGCUUUCACAAGAACCGAAAGUCAAGGUCGAAGCCUUGGAUAGUAGUGGAGUUUUCACAAAAGGACAUCGAGGGCCAUGGCGUGGACCAAGAGAGCAUGGCCGACAGCGAUCAGUCUCUGGAACUUGCGCUUCAGGGCAAGGAACAGUACAUGGCUUCUCAGACAGGAAGCGCAACUGGCCACCUAAGUUUCUCAGGGAGCGGAAGCCAGUCAUCCCUAAAUGCAUGGGUCAGGGCGGGGAAACCUAAGGCAUUUGGCCCUCUGCAUCAUGAUGCACAGAGGUUGUUCGCAAAGAAUUAUGGCAAUGUGAUCGCCAAGGCACGGGGUUGUCACAGCCAGGAAUGGCUACAUGGCUCCAAGGUGGCGUCAAAGCUAUCCAAGGCAUCAGCACGACCUAACCAGUGGCCUGCGCCAUCAUGCAUUGGUUCUCGCCACAGCAUUGGGUCACUAAUGCCAACGGUAGUGGUAAACUCUCCAGGGACAGUUCCAACGGUGCUAUUGGAAACGGGCUCCUCUGAGCAGGUACUGGCAUGCCUGCAAACAAGGCAGCGAACCAGCCUUCCUUUGAACAUGCCUCUUGUGACAAGUUUGUAUACACCCUGCACGAUUGUUAUUAUUAUUUUUUACAUACUCCUGCACUCUCUCCAUGUCUGGUUCUUAUUGAGUGGCCAAGAGGAUGCAUCUGAGCAGUCAUUUGCCAUACCUCACAGUCUGAGUGCUGGUACUGGCAGUGUCCUACUUACAGGGAUUCCAGAGAAAAGGCGGGCGCAGCCCCCCCAGUCCCUGCGCCUCCCAGGACCAGAGGGGGAUCCGCAGGUGCCCCCAAUGGAACGGUUGAGCGUGCGGGUGCCCUCAACCGAGUCAAUAGGUGCCUGUUCUUUGGACGUGGAUGCAAGCGAGUCAUCAGCACGGCCGAUGAUGACCAAGGAGGCAUCGGAAGUGACCCUUCGCAGCAUGGUCAUGUCCACCCGUGACAGCUCAUCUGUGGCAGCGAGAGGAGCACUGGACAGCAACGUUACGCAGCUGUCGAACGGCUGCUGGAACAUUGGCGGAAGCACUGUAGAAUCGUUGUCUGCAAAAGUGCCGGAACACCGGCCAUCUUACCUUGGCAUCAGUUGUGCCAUCAACGGAUACGCGAGCUACAGCCAGUUCUGCCGCAGCCGUGACAGCAGUCCCGCCCGUCCGAGCCCCCGCACCUCAGCUCCACUCGCUUGUACAAGCCCAGGAAAUCGUCUCAAGGUGGAGCCCAUCUUGGAAAUCAAGGCCAGCAACGGCCGCGGGGAGCUCACCAAUGGCCGCCACCAUGGUCCCCAAGAGACGGCAGCAGCGCCCGAGCCCUGCAUCUCCCUUGUACAGCAGCGGAUUGCGGCGCUGUAUGGGUCAGAAGCAGCAGAGAGGGUGGCACGUUCACGCACUCGAACGGCCAAAAGCCCACUCAAGCUGGAAAAGGCCAUGUCAAAACGCAGCCCAUCCUGCCCCGCGCAAGUCAUCCGUGGUCGCUCCAAGAGCCCACCUGUGUUCAGGCACCUGACACGUGACUUCAAGGAGCACCUCCGUUUGUCGGAAGUGUCCGCCUCGCCAGCCGAGAACUUGCCAGGGUUUGUUCCUGCAGCGGCACGCCUCCCUCUUCCGGGCUCGCCCGAGAAACGAGCUCCUUUCUCUGCAACAGCAUUGCGCAUCUGUGAUGUGGACAGGGGUGACAGUAGUGCACUAAAAGGAGAUGUCCUGGAAGAAUCUCAGCAUUGCCAGAUUGUCAAUGGCAGUGGUGCACCAAAGCUCAACGGGAACCAUGCUGCUGCUGUUGACGAAGUCGACAAAGCAUUGAACUUGCCUGUUCAAACGACGCCCACGCAACACAUGUCGUCGUCACUCCUCUCGCCCGUGUGUGCCAAGGCUCUCUCGUCAUCAGACUUGCCCGUGCGGGAAGGCCACACAUUCCUCGCCACUCUGUCAAGCACACAACAGGUCCUUGAGUGCCGCAUCAGAGAGGCCGAGCAGGACCUGAAUGAGGCAGCCAUCUCGGAGGACAUGAAGGGCCGGAUUCGGGCAGCGAUAGGCAAGGCCAACCUCCUCAUCAACAAGAAAUUCAAGCAGUUCAAGGAACUGUGCCUUAAGAACAUUGAUGGACCGCUCUUGCGGAUGCUGUGUGACAGGCGGGCGCAGCCCCCCCAGUCCCUGCGCCUCCCAGGACCAGAGGGGGAUCCGCAGGUGCCCCCGAUGGAACGGUUGAGCGUGCGGGUGCCCUCAACCGAGUCAAUAGGUGCCUGUUCUUUGGACGUGGAUGCAAGCGAGUCAUCAGCACGGCCGAUGAUGACCAAGGAGGCAUCGGAAGUGACCCUUCGCAGCAUGGUCAUGUCCACCCGUGACAGCUCAUCUGUGGCAGCGAGAGGAGCACUGGACAGCAACGUUACGCAGCUGUCGAACGGCUGCUGGAACAUUGGCGGAAGCACUGUAGAAUCGUUGUGCAAAGUGCCGGAACACCGGCCAUCUUACCUUGGCAUCAGUUGUGCCAUCAACGGAUACGCGAGCUACAGCCAGUUCUGCCGCAGCCGUGACAGCAGUCCCGCCCGUCCGAGCCCCCGCACCUCAGCUCCACUCGCUUGUACAAGCCCAGGAAAUCGUCUCAAGGUGGAGCCCAUCUUGGAAAUCAAGGCCAGCAACGGCCGCGGGGAGCUCACCAAUGGCCGCCACCAUGGUCCCCAAGAGACGGCAGCAGCGCCCGAGCCCUGCAUCUCCCUUGUACAGCAGCGGAUUGCGGCGCUGUAUGGGUCAGAAGCAGCAGAGAGGGUGGCACGUUCACGCACUCGAACGGCCAAAAGCCCACUCAAGCUGGAAAAGGCCAUGUCAAAACGCAGCCCAUCCUGCCCCGCGCAAGUCAUCCGUGGUCGCUCCAAGAGCCCACCUGUGUUCAGGCACCUGACACGCGACUUCAAGGAGCACCUCCGUUUGUCGGAAGUGUCCGCCUCGCCAGCCGAGAACUUGCCAGGGUUUGUUCCUGCAGCGGCACGCCUCCCUCUUCCGGGCUCGCCCGAGAAACGAGCUCCUUUCUCUGCAACAGCAUUGCGCAUCUGUGAUGUGGACAGGGGUGACAGUAGUGCACUAAAAGGAGAUGUCCUGGAAGAAUCUCAGCAUUGCCAGAUUGUCAAUGGCAGUGGUGCACCAAAGCUCAACGGGAACCAUGCUGCUGCUGUUGACGAAGUCGACAAAGCAUUGAACUUGCCUGUUCAAACGACGCCCACGCAACACAUGUCGUCGUCACUCCUCUCGCCCGUGUGUGCCAAGGCUCUCUCGUCAUCAGACUUGCCCGUGCGGGAAGGCCACACAUUCCUCGCCACUCUGUCAAGCACACAACAGGUCCUUGAGUGCCGCAUCAGAGAGGCCGAGCAGGACCUGAAUGAGGCAGCCAUCUCGGAGGACAUGAAGGGCCGGAUACGGGCAGCGAUAGGCAAGGCCAACCUCCUCAUCAACAAGAAAUUCAAGCAGUUCAAGGAACUGUGCCUUAAGAACAUUGAGCAAAAUGUUGAUGAUCCUUUUCCAACCACUGGAUCUGACUUGGCUGGCUUUUGGGACAUGGUCAUGUUGCAAGUUGACAAUGUACACACGUUGUUUGAGGAGCUCAGCGUGCUCAAGGCAAACAAUUGGGUAGAACCCGCUGAAACAGAGAGCACAAGAGCAGCGGUGCCAAGACCAGCGAGGAAAGUGGCUUCCCGGUCUGUGCCAGCAAGUCCAAAGAGAUCCGAGAAGGCCGAAGAAGCAGCUAAGUCACGGUUGGAAGCACGCAAGCGGCUCAUGGAGGCCAAGCGGCAGGCUCGGCAGCAACAGCAGUCGCAGCCAGCCAUGGCCCGUGACGAGGACAUUUCCAUUUUUGUACCGCAGGAAAAGACCAACUGACUGCCCCAAGGCUGUAUUGUUGGGCAAGAAUAACAGGCAGGAGAGUACUCGGCUCUGUUCCGUUGCCUCAAAUAGCAUAAAAAGGAAAGGCUUCCUCGCACACAAGUGUUUCCUGCAUGCGACAUUGCAGCGCCUGCAUUGUGGACUCCACACUGCUGUUGCCUGUGACAGUUGCAUGCAGCAUGUGAUGGCAUGGCACAAUCUGACAGUCAAUGUGCGACGUGCGCAUCUCAUCACGAAACUUAUGCGCACAAAAGCAGAGCGCCAUAUAGCGAUGAAAGCGAUUUGUCCUCUCUGCAGAGAUGCCACAAGUGGUUAUCAUUUGGGCUACAAGCUAAAGGCGGUUGUCAGUUAUUUGCCACUGCCAUAGGCCUAAAAUUGUGAUAGCCCAGUUGCGGGAAACAUUGCAUCGGAUUGGCUGAUCCAAAUGACAUGAUGACCUGCAUGUGGCAGAAAAGGCUUACGUGGUAGUUGCACUCUGCGCACCGCAUCACACAAUAUUUUAAAGCUUGGCUAAAUGCGAUUGCUAAUGCGAAAACACGCAGUCUGGCAUCAGAACCUUCACCUGGCCAACACCAUCAUGCAUAAUUUGUGUGCAAAACGCAUCACUUCUAUGACCUACAAAAGAGAAAGGACUUGAGGUGUAAAAUGGAAUGACACCCUAAGCAAGAUCAUUUGCAUCUUCUUUCUCCCCCCUUCUGUAGGAGGCUCUGCACAGCUCUCCUAUGAAUGUCAACACACCUAUAGUACUUCACUUCAUGUUAUGUCUUAUUUUUUUUCCCAUUUUAUAUUACACUUUUACGCACAAGGUUACUUAGGGACUUAAAUGUUAACUUUAAACAUUCAGUUACACCGAUUAAAGGAAAGCUACCAUGCUCAUCUACAGAGUUAUGAGAGGUGGAACUGAAUCUCUUGAACAGUAGAAAUAUGUACACAGAGCGGUACAAAACGAGGGCACGUAUUACGAAUGCUGCUUAUAGAUGACAUUGUUGCCAUUUUAAUGAGCACCAGCUAGGUCUAACAGGCUAUUGGUUUGUCUAGUGGCAUAAAUGUGUUUUUACCGGAUAAGUGGAUUUGUUUGUAGACCUAUAAAAUUUCUCUAAUCAUUAUUUUUAGUUAACUCCCAAAAAUAUUCGGCAGAUACCAACUUGUUUUGUAUGUUCCUCUCCAAGAGCAAAAAUGGUGACACUAAUUUUUAGUGCUCGUCUUUUUUAAAUUAAGAUGUCUGUUGAUACAAUCCUUCCUGGACAUUUUAUUUCUCAGAACACUUGAGUUUUUUUCUGUGAUGUACUCAUAGAACACACUUCUCAAACGUCAAGUGGCACACCACAAAUAUUUACACUUUAUUAGACGUGGCUCUCUAUUUCUGAGAGAUUUCAAUGUGUUUACUGCAUUGAAUCAUAGCUCAUAGCUGAAUCGUAGUUUUUGUUGAAAUUCUUCUUGGUGGACAUUUUAGCUGCUUUCAGCAGAUGUUGAAUGUUGUUUUGUAGAAUAUUUUAAAGAAAAAUGACAACUGCUGAUUGAUUACCUGUCCUAAAUGCUGUCCAAUUUUCGUUGUCCUAACCUGGAAUUCUUCCUAUUGUGAGAGAAACAGCUUCUUUGUUGAUCUUGCUCUAAUUUUUGGUGAUAGGAAUGUAAUUGUUACUCCACGAAGGAAAUAAGAAACCAGUGGCAAAAUUCUACUUUCAACGAGACAUGUUUGCCACUGUUACCAUAGGCAUUUCAUCAUUAGUGUGAAUGUUGUCGUGGGAGCUGUUAUUGUUUAAUUACUGGGCUUAAGCAUUCCACUGUGUCCCGAAUAGUCAUCACCACAAGCUCUUUGAGAUUUUAGAAGCUGCUGUUGAAUUUAAAUCAGUCAGGUACAGAAAAGCAAUUUAGUGCCAAUGCUGCCAUUGAUUUUUAAGUCCUUUUUUAAAUUUAUUAAUUAAAUUUAAAUUAUGAGUUUUACAUGCCAAAACCACCAUCUGAUUGACUCCGUGGGGGACUCCGGAUUAAUUUGGACCACCUGGGGUUCUUUAACGUGCACUUAAAUCUAAGUACACGGGUGCUUUAAAUUUUAAAAAUACAUGGGUGUUUUGUUUUUUUAUUUAUUGUGGCUUACAUUAAUUGAGCAUCAGCAGCAAUAACAUGUAAAAAAGAAUUGCAAUUUUCACAGGCAUCAUUUGUGAUUAUUUGUCGAUUCACAAAAGAGUAUGUGCACUCACAUAUGCUCUUAGAUGGCCAACCAGUAUGGUAAUGUGACAUUUUCAUCAUUACUAUUGCUGCCUAUAUUGAUUUUUGUGUCUUAAAGGUGCCCAGCAUAAUUUGUUUUUCUGUCUAUACUAUUGUUGGUAAAUUUGUCUGGUCGUUCCAGAGCAUUGUCAAAUUACUCUGAUGGUCAAGUAAACUAACACUGAGGCUGUAUUAAAUAGGCAAUGUGCAUUAGUAACAUGUUACCGUCAUAAGAGUGUGCUUAAUGUCUAGAUAAAGCUCGGUGACGUUGUUUAACAGCCGUUAAAGCUUCGCCAGAGUGCUCAGAAGUGACUGGUGGAAUGUGUCAUGUUUCUUUCACGCUCUAAUUUUUUCAGAGAUCGCGUCUUGCAGUGCAUCUUGUUUAAUACCAGAUUGGAUUGCUCAUUUCUUGGGUAUUUUGUUCCUUCUGAAUCACAAGUAUAUGCGAUCUCUCUAAACACCAGAAUUUUUUUUUUUUUUUUUUGAAAGCAGCAGGGCAGCAUCUGUCACCAGAACCAUUAAUUGCCCUGUAUUCUCUGUAGUGGGUGCAUCAACCUAUCAGAACAGACAGUACUGUUCUUUUCACUGCGAAAAUUGGUUUUCUGGUCCAAUAUUGUACACAAUUUUAUUUUUUUCCCAAUUUAUUCCAAUUUGAACACACGGAUGCUGAAUGUAAACAAAGUAUUAAACAAAAUGCGCUGUGAAAUGACAUUUCUGUGCAAAAUUUCAGCUCAAAUAAGCCAACAGUCUUACCACAAAAGCCAUUUAUACAAAUUAUAUGAAUUCUUUCUUCUCAACACAUCUGAGUAAGAGACUGAGGUACUCACGCAUGCUCACAAGGCAGUCGAUUCAUUAGCCUAGCAACAAAAUUCUAUUGGACACCCAAGACUUGUUUUUAAUGUCUUCUUCAGAGAAGGCUUCAGAAGUCUUUUAUGACUUUGAUAAUAUGACUAUUUGAAAUGUAUGACUAUUUGAAGUGUUUGGUACAGUCGAUAGAGCUGGUGUGCUUUGUACUGCUGCUGAUUCUUACUUUGUUGAAAUAAGCAACAGUUGACAUUGCAAGGACCACCUUAACAGUCUGUAAAGGUGUGCAUCCAUGAUACUUUCGAUUCUUCAUUUUUGGUGUCAAAUGAAAGUCUGGGACCUCUAAACCAAAAAAAUACUGGCAAGCCUCAGAACACUCUAAAUAGUUUACUGCAAUAGCUUUUCUACAGCCAGUUUGUUUCAUUUCCGCUGUGUUGUGACGUCAAUGCGCUGAAGUUAGUCGCAUGGGAGCAGGACAUGGUUGUAAACGUAUUGAGAAAAAAAAAAAGCUUGAACGCACAAUGAAUGCAAUGAACGCUGUGUUAAUUUUUGGUAGCCCUGUAUGUCGAACCACAGGCUGACGCAACUGCAAUAUUUAUUGAUAAGCAAGCUAGCUUUCCAAAUAAGCAAGCUUUGACGAGGCAUCUUUGUUGUAGAAAUAUCUUGUUUGUUAACCUCGCAUCACGAUCGCAACACAAUACGUGACAUGUCUCCAAUGAAAAGAGUGCUGGACCUGCUUGGCAAACACGGGCAUUGCUAGUUGCAAUAUACAAGUAUGGCUGCCAUGCAAUAUUUACAUUACUCACUUUUAUCAGAAAUACAGAAGAUUCCCUUUAAGACGAAUUCUAUUAAAAGGAAGUUGCAGUUAUUUUCUUCCUUGUUCAAAUAUGUAUGUAACUCGGAAAUGUAAAGCUUGGGGAAACCACUGGAAUGUCUAGAAAAUAUUUGUUGCCUCCCUAUACAGACAUGUGUCAAAUGCAGAAUUGAUCUCAUUCAGCAGUUGUUGGACCUUCCUGAAUUGAAUUUGUUGCAUUUAGAAGAAAAGGUUUAAUUUCAGUGACACUGACCGCAGAUCUUUUUAUUAAUCUCAGAAGUAUUUUUUUCUU